GCGCCCCGCCGCCCCGGGCGCAGGGGGAGGGACGCCCCCCCUCUGGCCGCGGGCUACUCCGCCCCGUCAGUUGGUCCGCGCGUCUGUCGGUCGGUGCGUCCGCGCCUCCGGCUUCGCCCUCGCAAUGGCACGCUGGCUGCCGCUGCUGUCGCUGCUGGGGCUGCUCCUGGGCGCCGCUCCCGCCCCGCCCCGCCGAGCAGCCGACGCUCAGGCCCGGGAGGCGGCGUACCCGGAGCUGCUGGGGCCAGCCCGCUUCGCCCUGGAGAUGUACAACCGCGGCCGGGCAGCCGGGACGCGGGCGACGCUGGGGGCCGUGCGCGGUCGCGCCCGCCGGGCGGGCAAGGGGUCGCUGUACUCCCUGAAGGCGACCCUAGAGGAGCCUCCCUGCAAUGACCCCACGGUGUGCCAGCUCCCUGUGUCCAAGAAAACGCUGCUCUGCAGCUUCCAAGUCCUGGAUGAGCUAGGAAAACACAUGCUGCUGAGACGAGACUGUGGCCCAGUGGAUACCAAGGUUACAGAUGACGAAAAUGAGACACUGAGUUCAGUCCUUCCACUGUUGAACAAGGAACCCCUGCCGCAGGAUUUUUCUGUGAAAAUGGCUUCAAUCUUCAAGGAGUUCGUUACCACCUAUAAUCGGACGUAUGAGACGAAGGAGGAAACCCAGUGGCGCAUGUCUGUCUUUUCCAACAACAUGAUUCGAGCGCAGAAGAUCCAGGCACUGGACCGUGGCACAGCUCAGUAUGGGAUCACCAAGUUCAGUGACCUCACAGAGGAGGAGUUCCGUACCGUCUACCUGAAUCCCCUCCUAAGAGAGAACCGCGGCAAGAAGAUGCGCCUAGACAAGUCCGUUAGCAGCUCUGCCCCACCCGAGUGGGACUGGAGGAGAAAGGGGGCUGUCACCAAAGUCAAGGACCAGGGCAUGUGUGGCUCCUGCUGGGCUUUCUCAGUCACCGGCAAUGUGGAAGGCCAGUGGUUCCUGAAACGGGGGGCCCUGCUCUCCCUCUCUGAGCAGGAGCUCUUGGACUGUGACAAGUUGGACAAGGCCUGCCUGGGUGGCUUGCCCUCCAAUGCCUACUCAGCCAUAAAGACUCUGGGAGGGCUGGAGACAGAGGACGACUACAGCUACCGCGGCCACGUGCAGACCUGCAGUUUCUCUGAAAAGAAGGCCAGGGUCUACAUCAAUGACUCAGUGGAGCUGAGCCGGAAUGAGGAGAAGCUGGUGGCCUGGCUGGCCAAGAAGGGCCCCAUCUCUGUCGCCAUCAAUGCAUUUGGCAUGCAGUUCUACCGCCACGGGAUCUCCCACCCACUGCGGCCCCUCUGCAGCCCUUGGCUCAUCGACCAUGCUGUGCUGCUCGUGGGCUACGGCAACCGCUCUGGCAUUCCCUUCUGGGCCAUCAAGAACAGCUGGGGCACUGACUGGGGCGAGGAGGGUUACUACUACUUGCAUCGUGGGUCCGGGGCCUGUGGUGUGAACACCAUGGCCAGCUCGGCAGUGGUGAACUGAGGAGCACCAGCUCAGGACCUGGUGCUGACCAGAGCAGCCCCUUCCUCAGCCUGACCUGCGUGUCCAGGCCCCUUCCCAGGAGGCAAGCUGGCUGAGGGACAGGCACCGGGUACCUCAGGGUGAGCAAAAGGCACUGGGCUAGGGCAACACCCAUACCCCUCUCCACCCCACCCCUACCCUGAAGUUCCCCAAUGGCACCUUUGUUGACUUGUGGUAGCUAGAAGGCUCUUGGGGUAAAGGAUGAUGUCCUGGCAGCUGAAGCUGGCUGGGGCAAGAACCUUGGGCUUGGGUGAGGAGCAGGUUGGAAGAAGAUAUUCUGGUCAUAAACCCAGCUUUGUCCUCAGCAGGCUCUGGCUUCCUGCCCUGCCUUUCCUCUGUCUGAUGCUAUAACUUUUCUGGUUCCCCCUGGAUUUGGGGACAGUGUUUCUUUCCACAUCUAGAGAAAUUAUUGUAACUUCCUUUUUCUAACAGCAAUAAAGAGGUGUCCUAGG